UUCGCCUUCAUUCCGCUCUGAAGGGACGUAGCCGUGCGUGCCGCGGGAGACGCUCUGAAACGUCCGCAUCGCGCCGUCCGUGUCGCGUUUUCUCCCGCUCCAGCGAGUCAGAUAAGCGCCUGUGUUCGGGGAGAGCCCCGCGGAAGCGAACAAACAUGCCGGUCCGCACCGACUGCUGUCAGGGCUCGUCUCUGGCCUGCACGGCCUCGGCCUCUCUCGUUCCGCCCCCGCCGAUCAAUACCCUUCAGCCCGGCGUCAGCACCUCUCUGCUGUACAGCGGCUCCCAGCUCCGCGGGCACCAGAAGAGCAAAGGGAACUCGUAUGAUGUCGAGGUGGUUCUGCAGCACGUGACCAUGGAGGCCUCGUACCUGUGUGGAUACCUGAAGAUCAAAGGCCUGACCGAGGAAUAUCCCACACUCACUACAUUCUUUGCUGGGGAGAUCAUAAGCAAGAAACGGCCUUUUUUAACCAGGAAAUGGGACGCGGAUGAGGACGUGGACCGAAAACACUGGGGGAAGUUUCAGGCAUUUUAUCAGUACGCAAAAAGCUUCAAUUCGGAUGAGUUCGACUAUGAAGAGCUAAAGAAUAGUGAUUACGUCUUCAUGCGGUGGAAGGAGCAGUUCCUAGUUCCAGAUCACACGAUCAAAGACAUCAGCGGCGCUUCCUUCGCUGGCUUCUACUACAUCUGUUUCCAGAAGUCUACAGCCACCAUAGAGGGUUACUACUACCACAGAAGCUCGGAAUGGUAUCAAUCUUUGAAGCUCACACACGUCCCUGAACGCAGCGCACCCAUCUACGAGUUCCGGUGACACUGAAGUCCUGGAGGUGAAUCUACAGCGGACAUGAGAGGAACGGUCGAAUGAUUACGCCCAGGACCCUCAGCGAAGGGUACAGAUGAUGGAGAACUCUGUCAGGAGACGGUCUGCACAAGCCAGCGGGACUCGGGGAUUCGCAGCAGUGUUAGCGAUUUGCUUUUCCUUUUUUUUAGUUUUUAACGAUUCUGUCCUCCGAUCAUCUUAGAAAACUAUUUUUAUCCUGAAGGUUCGGGGGAUUAAAACCACAGUUUUUCUUUGCCCUGGAUGCAUUAUUUUUUUUUCCCCCGCCUUGUAAUUUGAUAAAA